AUGGGUCUGACGAACACGCACGUUUAUAAUAAUUACACUUUAUCAAAUACCACCCAGGCCAACGAUAUAAUUGAGUUAGAUAAAGAUGACUGUGCGGUCGCUGAUGACCCUAAAUAUCCCAGUAGCUUGGGAAUAACACUGGCUGUUCCAGAAUGGGAAGCUAUUUGCACGGCCAUUGUAUUAACACUCAUUAUUAUUUCCACUAUAGUAGGAAACAUUCUCGUAAUUUUAAGCGUGUUCACUUAUAAGCCACUCCGAAUAGUUCAAAAUUUCUUCAUUGUAUCGCUGGCCGUAGCUGAUUUAACGGUAGCAAUUUUAGUCCUACCACUUAAUGUCGCUUACUCGAUUCUAGGACAAUGGGUGUUUGGAAUUUAUGUGUGCAAAAUGUGGUUGACCUGCGACAUAAUGUGCUGCACGUCAUCGAUUUUGAACCUUUGUGCGAUCGCUUUGGACAGAUAUUGGGCAAUUACUGACCCUAUAAAUUACGCCCAAAAGAGAACGUUAGAAAGAGUGCUCCUAAUGAUCGGAGUCGUGUGGAUCUUGUCCCUCAUCAUUAGCUCUCCACCGUUAUUAGGGUGGAACGAUUGGCCCGAAGUGUUCGAGCCUGACACGCCCUGUCGUUUAACAUCUCAACCUGGUUUUGUAAUAUUUUCAUCUUCCGGGUCCUUCUACAUUCCUUUGGUAAUAAUGACGGUUGUGUAUUUUGAAAUUUAUUUAGCUACGAAAAAGAGACUCAGAGACCGUGCUAAAGCCACUAAGAUAAGCACCAUAUCUACCGGCAAAAACAAGUUUGCAGCUAAGGACAGUGACCCUCAUGAUCAGGACUCGGUGAGUUCAGAGGCUAACCAUAAUGAACAUCAGGGCGUAACGCGGCUUGUAUCUGAUAAUGAAAAAAAGAAAAAGCCGAGAAAGUCAACACCCAAAAAGAAACCGAAACGGAGGUAUUGGAGUAAAGACGACAAGUCACAAAAUAAAUUAAUCGUACCGAUUCUGUCCAACGAAAACUCUGUGAGUGACAUGAUUGAUAAUCCAGAAAAUCGCCAUACGUCCUCAGAGAGCAACUCUAAAGAGACACACGAUGAAGACUUAGAAGUCAUGCAAUCUGGUUCCACUAAGUCCCAGAAACGUAUACGACCUAAUCAACAAAACACUGUAUAUCAGUUCAUUGAAGAGAAGCAACGUAUCUCAUUAACGCGAGAGCGUCGUGCUGCCAGAACGCUUGGUAUUAUAAUGGGCGUUUUCGUUGUUUGUUGGCUUCCAUUCUUCGUCUUAUAUCUUGUGAUACCGUUUUGUUCGAGCUGUUGUUUAUCAAACAAGUUCACGAACUUUGUAACUUGGCUCGGAUAUGUAAAUUCAGCGCUAAACCCUCUUAUAUAUACGAUAUUUAAUAUGGACUUCAGACGGGCGUUUAAAAAAUUGCUUUGUAUAAAGUCGUAA